GACGAAGAUCGCGCCGUCCCAGCCCGCCCGCCAGCGUCCACGCCGCUCCCGUACCCUUACCCCUGCCGGCCCUUGCCGGCGCGACCGGCGGCCAUGCAGCCCCAGGGCUGAGGCGGCCCCAUGGCGAAGCCAGCGUCCCCGCGGUCCGGGCAACGACGGCGCAUGGAGAACUUCCGUAAGGUGCGCUCGGAGGAGGCGCCGGUAGGGGGUGGGGCUGAGGGGGGCGGCCCGGGCUCCAGCCCCUUCGCGGACCUGGCGCCUGGUGCUGUGCACAUGCGGGUCAAAGAGGGCAGCAAGAUCCGGAACCUGCUGGCUUUCGCCACUGCCAGCAUGGCGCAGCCAGCCACGCGCGCCAUCGUCUUCAGCGGCUGCGGUCGGGCCACCACCAAGACCGUCACGUGCGCUGAGAUCCUCAAGCGCCGCCUGGCGGGCCUACAUCAGGUCACGCGGCUGCGCUACCGGAGCGUGCGCGAGGUGUGGCAGAGCCUCCCGCCGGGGCCCACUCCCGGUCAGAAGCCUGGCGAGCCGGUUGCCAGUCUCAGUGUACUUAAGAAUGUGCCCAGCCUCGCCAUCCUACUUUCCAAGGAUGCACUGGAUCCGUGCCAACCCGGCUACCAGCCCCCGAGCUCCCAUCCUGGACCCUCGUCCCAGCCAGCUACACCAACGUCCAAGAGGAGCCUAGGGGAACCUGCGGCUGGAGAAGGCUCUUCGAAGCGGUUGCAGCCUGAGCCAAGCGCUGCGGAAGAGGACCAGACGGCCUGAGAGCUUGUGGGUCUGGUCCACGUAGACGCGCUGGAUCUCACCCCCAGGGCCUCGACCUUGAGACGCAUCUCCAACCUUUCACGCCUCGGUGCUCUGGACAUAGCUCCUCAGACGGUCAGCAUGGACCCCAAGGCAACGAGAGGGACCCCAGGGAAGCUUCGUUCCACCACUUGUGUUGUCUGAAGACGCAGAACUCCACCUUCAGCUUUUCUGAGCCACCCUGGAACCUUCUUCAGGGAGGGAAUGGUGGACCAUGGGAAUCC